UCGUACCGUGUGUCGAAGGCUUUAGUUGUGAUUAAAGACCUAUAUCUUUAGUUGUGAUUAGUUGUAAAUACUAUGAAAGUAAUGUGUAAGUGAAACAUCCAACUACCCUCGCGCAGUAAAAUAUGUAAAAAAUUGAACAUGUUUUAAAUUGGGAAGGAAUUUGUUUUUAAUUCCAUUUCAAAAGUAUGACUGGAUUACUUGCAUUUUGCAUAAUCUUUUUGAUUCUUUAUUGUUUCUUUACUAGAGUGGUACCAAGGCUGUUAGCAUGGAUAGUGAAACGUCGUUACAAAAUUCACUUGAGGGUAGGCCAUAUAUCUGUACCUUAUUUUAUUUUUCGGGAUGUCAAUGUAACUAAAAAUGGCUUUACAUUGCAAAUUGAAGAGAUUAGCAUUCGCAGCAGUUUACUUAGUAGUGAUGUAGCAAAACUAUUAGCUGUUGUUAUGAGGGAUGUCAGAAUAAACAAGGAUAUCCCAAUUGGCCCAACGUGUAAGAUAAAGCAGUCCAAUGAAUUAUUAGAUUUUAGGAACAAGAAAAUACCUCCAAUUAUAAUAAAAUGUGUUCAGUUUACAGCUGUACAUGUAGAGAAUAUAAGCUUUCUGGCUCUUGGCAAUGGCUGGUUGGCUAAUGGCAAUGCAGAAAGUUUAAGCUUAGAUGGCAGUAUUGUACAUGGUGCACGAAUGCUAUUAGCAUCUGCCUCUAUUGUUGGUGGAACUAUGAAACUAUUGCGACACGCUUCCGAUGCGUGUCUCUCUCAAAUAACAUUUGCUGGAACAGUAGAAGCCACAUUUAAAGCUCAAGGAGAACUUUCGGUUGAGACAUUAUGUAUUGGAGUGACGCAAACUGAAGGAUCUGGCGGUGCAGGUCUCAUUCAGUUUUUGAGAGAUAGAAGUUCGUCAAGUACUACAGCUUGCACAUGUAAUAAUGCAGCACAUGGUAAUUCCUCAAAUAACUUAAUGGCCAGAAUAGCGCCUAUUUUGCCGAAAGAUUUUACAGUGAAAGUUGGCAAUUCAUUGAUAAUAGCCGGUAGAGAGGAUAGUAGUAUGGUAGGUUUAGAGGGUACUUUGAAAAGUCUUCAAGUCCAUGCAAAGUUUGAAGCUAACAGGACACAAUUGAAUUUUACCAUAAGUCUAGAUGGUCUAUGCGUCCGCGGAAAGCUUCCUAUUUUAACUUUACAUUCACUGUCGAUUGAUACAAAGAUGGAGGAGAAUCUUUUGUGCAUUGACAUACAACUGAAUAAUCUUUCAAUAAUGUAUGAUCAUAGGGACUGGGAAUUAUUGCUAUAUAAUAAUGAAAAUGACAUUUCAAGACCUGUCAACAAUAUAUCGUUGAAAGAUAGAUUACCAAAUUUUGAAAUAACAUUAAAUACCGAGUUGUAUGAUUCUUCAUUGAAUAUCAAAUUACCAAAUGUGCAAGAAGCAUCUUGUGGUGUCGCACAUAUGAAAUUCGCUUUGAAUUCAUCGACAGACAAAACGAAAAAUCUAAAUACAGAAUUGGUUGUUGAAUCUUUAUAUUGUGCAUUAAAUGGCGCCAAUAGCAACAUCUCUGAGACCUCUCAUCAAUGGGGUAGCCCACUUUCCAUUGGAGUAUUGUUAGCGACAACUCGUAGCAAUGCCAUUGGAAUCGCAAUUGACGCUCUUAUAACAGAGUGGAGUUUAGAGUUUGCAAGAUUUCUUGAGCAAGCUUACAUGUGCUACAAAAAAUAUCGGCAUCCAGUAAUGAAGAAGAAAAAUACGAUAUCACGCAAUUCUAUCCAAUUAAAUCUCAAAGUAACAAACUGCAAUCUAUUUUUCAUCGCAGAAAAUGAGUUAUCUAUAAUGAUGCGUUUGGAUGUCGCGACUGUCGAACAAAACGCAAAGCGAUUCGUAGGGGUAGCGGAAGGGGUGAGCGCGAUAACUCUCAACAAGAACGAGCCGAUUAUGUGCCAACAUGCGCAAGCUUUAACACAUCCGUUUCUAGCAAUACGAAAGUGCAAAGCUGCGAUUAGUUUUGAUUCUGUGAAUAUUAGUCUCGAUGGUACUAAUCUAGCAUGGAGUCCUAAUUUACAUCUUCGCUUAUUACAAUUCUGGAUAGAAUCUGAAGAUUUUAGAUCUAUUAUCAAAAAAGAAAUGAAUGCGACUCGUAUCGAAGAAGUGCAAAAAAAGAAACGUAUUUUAGAUUUACUAGCCACUGGUGGGAUCACUGUCUCUAUAGAUAUUUCUGCUAAACAUUUCUUAAUACUGACGUCCGAUCAGCUGCGUUGGUCGCAAGGCGAAUGGAGGCUCACCUACAUUCGAGUUACUUUAGACAUGGCUGAUGUAAUUAUGAUCGAAGGUUUCGAAUUGACAAGAGUAGCCGAUAAUGUGGAAGUCCGAGCGGAGAGACAAAGUAACGAGGGCUUCAUAUUGGAUUGGAAUGAAUGCUGGGCGUUGAACAUCGAUUCCAUUAAAAUUUGUUUUCCAUACGAGCAUCAAUUUACAAACGCGAUACAAAAUGAGUUGCUCAGCAUCAGAAAGUGGCUGAAGGAAAUUCAUUCGUCGAGCUUAUCUAAACGGGAGUCCCUGCCUUCUGAUUUGAUCGUCAAAAUCAAGGAAUGGACGUUCGAGCUGAGCGACGAUCCGUUUGAGGUACGUCUACGCGACAAUUACGAACUGCUGGAGGAUGAGUACAAGGAGAGCUUGAAACGGCAGGCGAUGUUGGAUGCCAAAGUGCAAGAACUUUGCCGCGCGCAUUUACUGCUACCACAAGGAAAGGUCGAGGAAUUAUACGCGAGUUUAAAUAAGAAAAACGCGGAGAUCUAUGUUCAGAGAUGGAAGCAGAUGCAACGAGCGGGUCCUGCGAGGACUCGAUUGUUCGCAUGGACCAUGUUGGACCUGGAGAUAUUGGCCCUGGCCGAUCCGUCCAUAAACGAUACGGAAAAGGCGGUUAGAGCGCUUCGAGAGAUGGACUUGGAAACGCCUUGGCCGGAGGACGGUCUGGAAUUCAAUACUUUAUGGGUCCGCGGGAUCAGUCUGAAAUGCGUCGAGUGGAAGCUCCAACUUCGUGAUUUUCCACAGCCGCUGCUUUUGGUGGAGAACUUAAAUGUAUGGGGUAGAUUAGCCGGCGCAGAAGCCUUGGCACCACCAAGAGCAAAAAGGACCGUCAGAAUUGAAAUCGGUGUACCAUGGGAAGAUAUAGUAGUGGAAAGAAGUAUGACGUCUCUCAAGUAUUAUCACGAUCUCAAUUGGGACAUUGACAAAUUCAGAUACGCGUUCGGUCCAUGUUGGGAACCGGUGAUAGCGCAAUGUAAUCUCAGUUUCGAGAAGAUCCUUCAUCCAUCGAGGGAUCCAAGCCCACCGUUACCAUUCUGGGAUAAAAUGCGACUGGCCUUUCACGGCAGACUAACGCUCUGUGUAAAACAACUGACUAUAUUAUUGCACGGCUCUCUAGACCCAUAUAACACAACGGAAGAGAUGGAGCUUACGUGGACCGGACUGGAGCUCGAUUGGACGCAAGGGAAGAUUAUUAUUAAGGGUGAUCUCGACGUGUACGUGCGUACAGCUAGUAAAUACGAUGAUUGCCGAUUACUACAUUUGCCCAAUGUCAGAUUGAGUGUUAAAUUAGUGUGGGUAUGUCUAGGCGAUCCGCGUGAUCAUCAUACCGCUAUACCUUGCGCUCCGAAUCGAUUGCCCGAGUACUCGAGCAAUCAGGAACACGACUCUUUUAGGGCAUUUCGCUCUCAAAACCUGAAUGUCAGCCUCUCAUUGGAGACAAAGCCCACUGGCUCGCCUACGCUGACUAGUGCGCCGACGGCACUGCUCUAUGGCAGCACGUUGAGAUGGUUCGAGAAUUUAAAAUUAAUUUUGUCAGGCGCGACGAGACCCACGAGAAAAGGUCCAUUGUUCAAAAACAUUCGACCAAGGAAGAAACAGCUCAGCAGACACUAUAGAAAGGUCCGGCUGACCUUAGCCUUUCAUCGUUUCCACGUCAACUACUGGAUGUCGUUUGCCAUGCAGCGAGGCUUCGAGGUGACCGGAGGUCGAGUCGCCUGCAGCUCGGAGCAUAAUUUCGCAUUACAUCCGAUUGACGACGGGCUGAUUCAUCGGCCGCGAGCGGAAUGGUCCAUCGUGUAUAUGAAUUGCGAGCUAAGCGACGCCGAGAUUUGGUUAAAGAGCGCCCUGCAGGAGGACGAAGUGGAGAGCGCGUCACUGCGUCAGCCGGUCGAGAAGUGUUACUGCUUGAGUGUGGCGCGUGUUAGUUAUGGCAGGGAAGCGAUGGUUGCCGGAGUGAGCGGCGACACGCCGAUUCAUCGACUGGUCGUACACGAUCUACGUGGCGCUUGGACCAAGACUAAUCGUGACGUUGCUUUUGCUCUUUUCGACUCAUUCAUCAAAACUCAGCAGCUGAAAAAGAAUCUGUCAACUGCGGCGCUCAAAGGUUUCCAUAGAGACAACAGCUCGGCGGUCAAUCCACAAAAGAACCGCGCUACCAGACCGAUCGUAGUUGAUCAGCAGGGCACCUCCACGCAGGUCGUAACGCCGUCGUCGUCCUCCGUGAAGCCGCAGCAAGGUGAGGCGGCGGGAAUGUUGCAAAGAUUGAUAGCAGAGGCCGCGAACAAACCGGUAGCUUUCAGUGACGAUCUGUCGGUGCAAACUAGGGGACAACAACUGCGUGGGCUAGCGGCGUGUCACCAGGAUGACGUCUUGCACAAGAACUGGCUUAUCGCUUUGGUAAACAGUCAAGUGCUGUUAAAGGGCAUCGAAACCCGCGGUUACGUGAUCCUCUCGGCAGCCAAGGCGGAAAUACUGCAGAGAGUUCAUCAUCCGGUGUGGAAGGAGCGAUCUCUCGUUCCAAAAACGACUUGGGUUGGUUCGUUGGAAUGCAUGCAAUAUUACGCUACUGUAAGCGCAAACAUCGACGACAACAUCGAUGACAAUAUCAUGUGGCUAACAUUGGAUAACAUACAAGAGAAAGAUUCUACCAUCAUAGCCGGCCUGCCGGACGUCCCUGCUCUGGUGGGAUCUGGUCAGAGCGUUGGCGGGGUAGUCAGUCAGACAGUGGGAGGCGGUGGCGGCCCUCAGCAUCAAUUGCAACGCAUUGUAUCCCGAUGUAAGUGCGAAUUUUUCUACGUUGGUUACGGUCAGACCUUAGAUGUGGGCUCUGUAGACCAAGUACCAGCUCCACCUGGAGAAGAAGUCAGUCCAUGGGAGAGGAAGGAUCUAACUGCGGCCGACGCAUUCACCUUGAUGCAUCACGAUCUGGAUGUGUGUACCAAUUCGUUGCAGUAUGCGAUGAUCCUAGACAUAGUCAAUAAUUUACUGCUGUAUGUGGAACCGAGACGAAAAGAGGCUUCAGAGAGGUUGCAAAGGAUGAGAUUCCAGUUGCAAUUGCAUUCCGUCGAAGACCAAAAGAGGCCAAUACAACAAUUACAAAACACAGUGCGCGGCUUGGUGGCGAAAUUAAGACGAUUGGAACGCGAGACAUACUUGGUGCAGAAAGCCCUGGCCGACGAGUCCAGUCCGGAAUUACUUACGGAGAUGGAACGUUUGGAAGCGAGCGUAUUUGAAUGCAAAGAACAACUUGGCGCCAAGGCGGAGGAACUGGAUGUUAUGUUAAGUUGUUAUAAAGAAACUACUGCGCCAGCAACCGCGUCGGCUACGCUCAAAGACAAGCCGGCCGCCGUGGCCAGAGUAGCUGAGAUUUGCUUUAAACACGCACAAUGGAGGCUGACGGAUGCGGACGGUCAAUUGGGCAUCGCCGAUCUUAUUUUAACCAAUUUUCUUUAUACAAAAACUAGUAAGACUGACGACUCGGUAGAACAUCUGUUAGAGCUGGGAUACGUCCGGAUGACGAAUUUAUUGCCGAAUCAAAUUUACACAGAAGUUCUUGUACCUACAGAGCUGCAAAGCAACAUGCCUGUAGAAAGACAAAGAGCGCUUCGAGUCUUUUGCAGAGAAAAGGCGCCGGUGGCAGGAAUCUCCGUAAAAGAACACUUUGAGAUUAAUGUAGUACCUCUUACGAUAGGUUUGACGAAAAAGUUCUUUAAUACUAUGCUGAAAUUUUGUUUUCCUGAGAGAGAUCCGGAAGGCAUAGAGGAAGCUCCGGCGCCACAACGUGACUCGUCCUUUUACGUACCCAUCGAGAGAAGAGACGACGUGGAGAAAAUGAAGGAAAGAGCUGAUAAGAACAAAUUAUUCAUAUAUAUUAAGAUACCGGAAGUACCUGUCCGCGUAUCUUACAAGGGAAAUAAAGAAAAAAAUCUUGAAGACGUACGGGACUUUGCGCUGGUCAUACCAACUUUGGAAUACCAUAAUGUUACGUGGACAUGGCUCGAUCUACUUUUGGCUAUGAAAAGCGAUUCCAGGCGUGUAAUAUUGAGCCAAGCCAUUAAACAGAAACUGCAAAUAAAACCGAGGGGGCCACCUGAAGAAUCUGUGCCGCAAGAGGAAGACAAAGCUCGCCUUUUGUUAGGUACCAGACAUCUUCCUGGAGACGCGAGAAAAAAAAGCGUGUUUAAAUUUAAAUAAUUUAUACAUCUGAUGACUUACGUAACCAUAAUAAUUUAUUUGUUGUGAUAUUGAUAAGUUAUGUUGAAAAUUUAUAUUAGUCACCUAAUUAUAAAUUGUACAAAUAACUUUUCAGUUGUUAUAUGUAAAACACAUGUAACACACGCACGCGCGUGCGCGUAUACACAUACAUGUACACAUAUAUCAGCCUCGAUCAUUGAAACGCCUGCGUUUUAUAUUUUUAUCUUUUCCACAUGUAGUUUAUAAUGGCAAAAAAUUAUGACAAAAUGUAUUUUCUAUUACACCAUUAAUUUUCAUAUCUAUCAUAAUAAUCUCAUAGUAAUUAAGUAUUACCAAAAACUAAAAAUUGUUCGAAAAUUUUUUUUACAAAACGUUACGAGCAUGAAGACAGAAUAACAUAAUUUAAAAAAUUAUUUUUAUCUAAAUAGAAUUUAUAUUUUUUCACGUAACACACAUGUGCGCGGACGUACACACACGCACACCUACAGAUGCAUCAUACACACACACACACACACACACACACACACACACACAAGCAGAGUUGCGUUUUAAAAUGGUAUUAUGAUAACUGAAAAGUUAUAAUUUAUGUUAUACAUAUAUAAUGCAAAAACUGUUCAA